CCUCUGGCUUCUUCUUCCUCCGCAUGUGGCUGGCGGCAGCCGAGCAGUUAUCUCGCGCACUCUUCGCCCGCCGUUUCUCUUUCGGGCUCGCUUCGCCUCACCCGAGCCAUGUCGUUCGUGGAGAACAACCCAGCGGCUUCCUCUUUGCCCAACGGUGACUGCGGCCGUCCCAGGGCGCGGCCCGGAGGGAACCGAGUGACCGUAGUGCUCGGCGCGCAAUGGGGCGACGAGGGCAAAGGAAAGGUGGUGGAUCUGCUGGCGCAGGACGCCGACAUCGUAUGCCGCUGCCAGGGAGGAAAUAAUGCUGGCCAUACAGUUGUUGUAGAUUCUGUGGAAUAUGAUUUUCAUCUUUUACCCAGUGGGAUAAUUAAUCCAAAUGUCACAGCAUUCAUUGGAAAUGGUGUGGUGAUUCAUCUACCUGGAUUGUUUGAAGAAGCAGAGAAAAAUGUUCAAAAAGGAAAAGGUCUAGAAGGCUGGGAAAAGAGGCUUAUCAUAUCUGACAGAGCUCAUAUUGUAUUUGAUUUUCAUCAAGCAGCUGAUGGUAUCCAGGAACAACAGAGACAAGAACAAGCAGGAAAAAAUUUGGGUACCACGAAAAAGGGCAUUGGCCCAGUUUAUUCUUCCAAAGCUGCUCGGAGUGGACUUCGGAUGUGCGAUCUUGUUUCUGACUUUGAAGGCUUCUCUGAGAGGUUCAAGGUUCUAGCUAACCAGUACAAAUCUAUAUAUCCUACUUUGGAAAUAGACAUUGAAGGUGAAUUACAAAAACUCAAGGGUUAUAUGGAAAGGAUUAAACCAAUGGUGAGAGAUGGAGUUUAUUUCCUAUAUGAGGCCCUACAUGGACCACCAAAGAAAAUCUUGGUAGAAGGUGCAAAUGCAGCAUUGUUAGAUAUUGAUUUUGGGACUUACCCUUUUGUAACUUCUUCAAACUGUACUGUUGGAGGUGUUUGUACAGGUUUGGGUAUGCCACCUCAAAAUGUUGGUGAAGUGUAUGGAGUUGUGAAAGCUUAUACCACGAGAGUUGGUAUUGGUGCCUUUCCUACAGAGCAAGACAAUGAAAUUGGAGAAUUAUUACAAACAAGGGGUAGGGAGUUUGGUGUGACUACAGGAAGGAAAAGAAGAUGUGGCUGGUUGGACCUUGUUUUACUCAAAUAUGCUCAUAUGAUCAAUGGAUUUACUGCGUUGGCCCUUACGAAGUUGGAUAUUUUGGACAUGUUUAUGGAAAUCAAAGUUGGAGUUGCUUACAAACUAGAUGGUGAAAUCAUACCUCAUUUCCCAGCAAACCAAGAAGUCUUAAAUAAAGUUGAAGUUCAAUAUAAGACUCUCCCAGGAUGGAAUACAGACAUAUCAAAUGCACGGACUUUUAAAGAACUACCUGUUAAUGCACAAAAUUAUGUUCGAUUUAUUGAAGAUGAGCUUCAAAUUCCAGUUAAAUGGAUUGGUGUAGGUAAAUCCAGAGAAUCCAUGAUUCAACUGUUUUAAGGAUUCCAGAAACACUCCUUGAGAGAGAGGGGGGAAAACUUUCUUAAAUAUUUCUUUAUGACCUGCAAAUUCAAGAAUAAAGACAUUGAUGUGAGUUUUAAGCCCUACCAUUGUUUCCAGUCUUUUAGGAAGAAUGGCUAUUGUGGAGAUUGACUUUGGCAUAUUCCAGUGUCAGCUCUCCUGAGCUGGCAUAAUUGCCGAAUCAUUUGUUGCUCCUGCUGCUCAUGGUGCCACGUUUUCUUUCAGUGUUUAGUAAUAGUAAAUCCAUGUUGUUUGAAAUCUAAAGAAGUUACUUUAAAUGUAGUUUUUCUUCAUUAUUGUCAUUGUAUGUUCUUAGGUUUUACCAUGGUAAGAACAAUUAAUGCAGUUUUGCACAAAUAUUUUUACAUUCUGAUCGUUCAAUUCUGUCAUUGUAAUCUUUGCAGUUAGAAAAAAGGAUGAAGAGAUAGGAUUCUGUAAACUUUUGCAAUGCUAUAAAUGCUAUAAAUUCAGUUUAAAUUGUGAACUGUUCAUUUUCUGCUAUUGAGCUAUUGGCAGGGGGAGGGAGCUUAUUCAUGGGUCCUUUAAUUUGUACAGAAUAUACAACUUAUUUCUCUCUGUAAAUUAUUUAAUACAUUGAACAUUUAAUUAAAUAUUCAAAGAGAAAAAAUGUUCCCCCAAAACAACAAUCUUAAUGUUAAAAAAAAAAAAAAAAAAAGUGGUCAUUAAAAGAUAUGUUGUGAUAUUUGGUGGGUAUUUUUCUUGAGUUUUAGACAUUAACUGAAAUGUAUCUUUCCUUUUUUUUUUUUUUAAAUAUCAUUAUUUCUAAGUCUAGUGGAUUGAUUUUUCAACAUCGUGCCUACAAAUAUACGUACAAACGCAUCUACAAGUGUCUAAAUGAACCCAGAUUGUUGGCCAUAAUUUUGAUCAUGCCUUCAUUUCUCCUUUCUUGAAUAAAAAAAGUGUUAUUUUGGCAAUUAGGCUUAGCAUUCUGUGUUGUAGAUUAUCCUUUAAUGAACUGUAAAUGUUUAAAUUAGGUGCCACUUUAUUUUAUUAUACCAUCAAUACCUGAUUAAAAAGAAUCAAAUAUUUCUAGUA